CAUACACACACACACACACACACUCAUUCACUCUCAAGUAGUGAGAGCAGGAGACGACAUGGACGAGCUCGAUUUGCUGUUGGAGGAGCUGGCCCUGAACCCAGGGGGUUCAGAGAGAGUAGAGGAGAACAGGAGCACUGAUCCAGCUGCAGGAGAGGGGCCACGUGCACUAUAUGCUGGACUUCACAAAAAAGGAAAAGGCCCAGCCAGUUCAAAUGUGUACAGUGAUCUGCCAGCUCCUGUGGCAGCUUCCCCGACCCCCGAUUCACCCACUAAAGAGCUGGAUGCUAUCUUGCAGGAUAUGAUGGGUUUGGGACAAGGGGAUCCAGUGUCUUCAACGACCCCACCGCCUCUUACACAAAAGAAGUCUGUGAAAAAAAAAACGGAGGGCGGGCAACAGGAGAACAGCAGCACAUCAGGUUCGGAUGCAAAGGCCUCGACCACAAGCAGGAAAACAGAUACUAUCGACGACCUACUCGGAGGGCUGAGCUCUGACUUGGAGAAGAUUGGCGUACGCACCACAGCGAAGGGCCACUGUGCUUCCUGCAACAAGUGUAUUGUGGGAAAGCUGAUCACAGCAUUGGGUGAAGUGUGGCACCCUGAACACUUUGUGUGUGUGGCGUGUAAAAUGGAGUUGAGCAACACAACCUUCUUUGAGAGAGACGGACGGCCGUACUGUGAAAAAGAUUACCAUCAGCUCUUCUCUCCUCGCUGUGCCUACUGCAAAGGGCCCAUCAUGGAGCACAUUCUGACAGCUUUGGACCAGACCUGGCACCCUGACCACUUCUUCUGUACACACUGCGGAGGCCUGUUUGGACCUGACGGUUUCCUCGAAAAGGAUGGGAAGCCGUAUUGCAACAAGGACUUUUACCACCUCUUUGCUCCCAAGUGCACAGGCUGUGGGGAGCCAGUGAGGGAGAACUACCUGACUGCAGCCAAUGGCACCUGGCAUCCAGAGUGCUUCGUCUGCGCAGACUGCCUGAAGCCCUUCACUGAUGGCUGUUUCAUGGAGUUGGACGGUCGACCCCUCUGCGCACAGCACUUCCACACCCGGCAGGGCACUCUGUGCGGUGGCUGCUGUGAGCCCAUCACAGGCCGCUGCAUUUCUGCAAUGGAUCGCAAGUUUCACCCAGAGCACUUUGUGUGCGCCUUCUGUCUGCGUCAGCUCAGCCAAGGCAUCUUCAAGGAGCAGAAAGGGAAGCCGUACUGCUCGGCUUGCUUUGACAAACUCUUUGUCUGAGACAUAUAGUACAUGAGAUACUAAUGAUGCAUUGCUGUCACCACUGCUGGCAACGAUUUAAUAUAAGGAGCAUGAGGGCGCAUUUAGGGCGAGUGAGAGGGGUGGUGGAUGGGUCUAACGGUGUUUCCCGACUGAAUUUAAUCAUUUCAUCAUCACUUUUUUUUUUUUUUUUUUACACCUUACUAUGUGCAUCCUUAUUUGCCUCCUUCACCUAAUCCUAACAAUCCGUGCCUGCUUGUGCAUUUGUUGACGUUCCAGCAUGGGUUGCCACGCGCUUGUGUUCUUUAAACAUAACAACAUGAUGCGUCAUCACACCAUGUGCAUUUGUUAACAUCAUGGUCGCUGCAUCCUGGAAUGUAAAGAGCAGACUUCGAGAGAUACCAAGAUAUAUAAUAUGCAGAAAGGGAACUCCACUGCAAAGUGGCAAUAUGUGAUGACUCAGGAUGAGAAUGUGUUGUAUGAGUAUAUUUUUGCAUAGGUAUAGCGCAAUAAAAGUUCAUUUUUUCAGUA